GUGCCAGCGCCCCCUGCCUGGCUGGCCAGGCUAGCCCUGCCCUGCCCGCCCUGCCCUGCCCUGCCCAAGCUGUGGGCGAGGCGUUUCCUGGGGUGAGUGGGUGGGAGGUCCCAGCUACUGGGGCUGGGCCUGCCCACCACGAUCCCUCCCAGGCACCUUGGCCCUCUGACCCCCAUUUGCUCACACCUAGUUCUUUUCCAGUAUCUCCUGGCCUUCCUCCCUUUGCUCCCUCCUCUCGUUCCCUUUCCUGCUCCUUGCCGGUGCCCUUUUUCCUUCCCAUCCAUCUUAAGGGAACUGGCCCUGUUCCACCGCGGGACAGGGUGGGGGCACACCCGGGUUUCCCUCAAGUUUAGGGAGAGAUCCCUCUCAGAAGUCUGGAUUCCCUCCAGUCCUCGGGGUCACUGUGUAUCUACCGGUGUUAAGUGGUAGUGAAGGGCGAGAGUAUUGGAGGAGGUGGUUGAAGCAGAUAAGGAGCUGGCAAGCUCACAUGUGUCAGAGAGGAACUGUGUGUGAUAGCACAUGCCUAAGUGCUAGGCCCCACUCCGACAUAGGCCACCAACAAAAGUGUGGCUGAAGGAAGAAAUGAGUGCUGCUCACCCAGAGCUCUGUGUGAAGAAAGGGAGGUGUGGGUGAGAUGUACCCGUGCCUGGUCAAGUAGCCACAGUUAAUGCAGUCCCUGACAGGCAUGAAGUUGAGGAGCCUAGCAUGUCAGAGUCCAGUAGGGGAGGCAAUUUUGGUGGUGUGGUCAGCAUGAUAUGUAUGGGCUGUGUGUGGAUGUGUGCUAGCUCCUGGUACCGUACGCAUAUCUCUAAGGUGGUUGAGAGUCGUAUGAUGAAGGUAUGUAUUUAUUAAUGUGUGAGGUAGAUGGUAGAACUUGAGCCCCAAGGCAGGAGAGUGAUGGAGAGCGAGCACCCAGAGCACUCAGGUUGUUAGGCAAUUGCCUGAUCCCUCUGGGACAAAGUCCUAGGCUUUCCUGGGUCUAGACUAAGUUACUGUAUCCCUGUAAGCUUUCUCUUGACAUUCUUUCCAACUUUAAGGAGGAGGGGGCCUAGCCCAUGAGGCUCCCUCCCAGAGGAGGGAAAGAUUCCUGAGACCUCCCCCACAACCCCCACCAGGUCCUCACAUACCACUGGUGUCCUUACCCUCCCUCCCUGGUAGGGAAGGGUGAUGCCCAUUCUGAAGUAGGACAAACUGAGAAUUCAUGGCUGGUUUGGGAGAGAAUGCUGGGUGUGGAUUUUUGGCAAUUCUUCUGGCUUUGGCCAGAGGUUCUGGCCAGAAGUUUCUGGAGAACCUACAAACGUAGCUUAUCUGGCUGGUCAAAGGUGGUGAGUCUGGGGCCUUACUUGGCUUUCUCAAUUCUGGUGGGUCCUGCUUCUCUAGGCAUUGACCUGUGGCCUGGACCCACCCUCCACCCCAUGCCCAAUGUAGCGGGGGCGGGAGUUGGGCGGGGCUGCUGCAAGAUCUAGUCAGACAGGUGGAGCCGCCAGGGCAGGAGUCUCAAAGAGCCAGGCUCCUGGAGUGGAAGAGAGAGAGAGGCAGAACUUGCCGGUGAAAAGAGGGGAGGAGAGAGGCUGGAGGUGAAACACUGGAAGAAGGCAGAAGGCUGGAGGUACUAGAAAGAACGAGAGGUGACCAUGGAGGUGGGAGUCCCAGCAGGGAACAGAGGGGAGAUGGGAGUCUUGGGACAGGACCAGAGAGACUUUACCUGAGAGAAGGAGACCGUGAGAGGAGUGGCUGAAGGGGAGAAUCUCUGGAAAGAAGAGUGUCUCUCAAAGCAGAGUUAAGACUGCUUGCCAGUACAGAGUCCUUAGCCAGGAUGGAGGCUGUUGUGAACUUGUACCAGGAAUUGAUGAAGUGUGCAGAUCCCCGGAUCCAAAACUAUCCUCUGAUGGGAUCCCCCUUGCUAAUAACAUCCAUCCUUCUGACCUAUGUGUACUUCGUCCUAUCACUUGGGCCUCGAAUCAUGGCUAAUCGGAAGCCUUUCCAACUUCGAGGCUUCAUGAUUGUCUACAAUUUCUCACUGGUGACACUCUCCCUCUACAUUGUCUAUGAGUUCCUCAUGUCUGGCUGGCUGAGUACGUAUACCUGGCGCUGUGACCCUGUAGACUUUUCCAAUAACCCUGAAGCACUUCGGAUGGUUCGAGUGGCCUGGCUCUUCAUGCUUUCCAAGGUCAUUGAACUCAUGGACACAGUGAUAUUUAUUCUCCGGAAGAAGGAUGGGCAAGUGACCUUCCUCCAUGUCUUCCACCACUCGGUGCUUCCCUGGAGCUGGUGGUGGGGGAUAAAGAUUGCUCCAGGAGGAAUGGGCUCUUUCCAUGCCAUGAUAAACUCCUCUGUACACGUCGUCAUGUACCUCUACUACGGAUUGUCUGCCCUGGGCCCUGUGGCUCAGCCCUACCUUUGGUGGAAGAAACACAUGACAGCCAUUCAGCUGAUCCAGUUCGUCCUGGUCUCACUGCACAUCAGCCAAUACUACUUCAUGCCCAGCUGCAACUACCAAUAUCCUAUCAUCAUCCACCUCAUCUGGAUGUACGGCACCAUCUUCUUCAUACUGUUCUCCAACUUCUGGUAUCACUCUUACACCAAGGGGAAGCGGCUGCCCCGUGCAGUUCAGCAAAAUGGAGCUGCAGCGUCCAUGAAGGUCAAGGCCAACUAGCACCAGGGCCUAGAUGGUGCCCACCUAAGUGCCUCGGGACUGCAGCUGGGCAGCACCCACAAGUGUCCUCUCCACCUACACCCAUGACCAGGACUCUUGUGGUCAGGACUGAAUAGGCGGAUUGGCUCUCUUCCCCACAGCUGGUCUACAGGGACCACUGUCCCCAUUCCUUCUCCCAGCCAGUUCCAGGGAUGUGGCCUCAUGCUGUCUGCCACCAGAACUGGAGGCUGGAAAGGGCUGGACACUUACUUCCCACUCCCUGCCUUAAAAACUCGGGAGAACACUCAGGGCUGGCCCGCGCCCGGGCCUUGUGGCCUUUCUCCUCACACUGAAGAGGUCAGCAAUAAUCUGUCACUGUGGACUCAGGCGCCCUUUUCACUCCUCAUGGAAGCAUGAGCUUCUGGGCCAAAGGUCAGGAUGGGCAGGCCACAGGCCUGGCAAUGCAGGCUGUGCACUCAACUGUGUCUUAAUUAAAGUGACAGGAAACCAC